UCGUCUUGGGCUCGUAAAAAAAGGCCCAAAUUUGAUUCUACUGAUUAUGGCUCUGCAAUAAUAUUGUUCCUGUACUGUCAGGUAGAUAAGCUAAAGAAGAAGCUUAGACAUGAAGAGAAUGUUCACAGAGCAUUGGAGAGGGCUUUCACCAGACCCUUGGGAGCCCUACCUCGCCUUCCUCCUGAUCUGCCUACAUCUAUUAGUAAUUCACUCUCUCUUCUUGUUGAAGUGGCUGUUUUGGAAGAGGAGGUUGUUAGGGUUGAAGAACAGGUUGUGCAUUUCAGACAAGGCCUUUAUCAGGAAGCUGUUUACAUUUCUUCCUCAAAUAGGAAUAUGGAAAGUUCAGCUGAUUUAUAUGAUCCAUACCUAAUUAAGAAUUCCAAACUAAAGCAAUCCAAGUUUUCAGUUCAAACUGAAGGCAGUUCAACAACAUCCACAUUGGGGCAUUUACCUUCUCUUCCCGAUGAUGGGCGAGGGAAAGAGAACCAGACGUGUUCUAAUUCUUCAAGGAACAAAUGGUCAUUGAAUUUGAAAAUACAAACAAUCAAGACUCGAGUAAAGAGACCUCCCAUUGAGGAUAGACCACCUGAGAGGUGCUUAGAUCCUCAAAAGUGA